CAAACGCCUUCUACAUUUCCGCGUUACUUCCACAGUUUUGUUACGGAGUUCCUAUGGAUUGGUGGAGCUCUUGUUAAAGUUCCUCGACCACUUUUACCUACAGAUCAUGUUUUUAUCAUCUUAAUAGUGCUACCGAGGGGGACAUAUAAACCACAAGCAUCGACUACGUCAACAAAUUAUGUUGUUUUGUGUUUGCAUCUGUGAAUUUAGCUCAUUCAGAAGUUGUUAGGCUGGUCCGUCUAGAUCGCGAGCUUGAGUCGGCGAAGUUUUGCUUAAUAUAACUAUGGCUGAGGCGAACGAAGUGGAGCGGACAGACGAAAACGAGCUAAAGGGGGCUACAGGUGGAGAAGAUGUCAUUGAUGAUGUGAUUGUCGAGCAAAGUGCAGUUCUACUAAGAGGGUAUGUUAUUGAGCGUGCUGCUGUAGAGGAUCCAAACAUACAUGUGGGCCAUGAGGACCUUGGAGGAAGACCUCAGGAUUCAUAUGAUCCUCAAAUCAAAGAGUUUGUAGAUCAACUUCUGAGGAUAGCAGAUGACCUUAACAGGAAUGCUGAGCUUCAACAUCUUAUUAGUACUGUGGAAGCUAACUGCGCUCAGGAUGUCUUCAUGAGCGUAGCCAGGAGCAUCUUUGAAGAUGGCAUUAACUGGGGACGUGUCAUGUCUCUGUUUCACCUCGCAUUUAAGCUUAUUUUCAAGGCACUGACUGUGAACCACCGUGAAGUUAUCAAGACGAUCUUUAGCUGGUUUUUACAGUUUAUCAGGGAAAAUAUUUCUCCUUGGGUCAGACUGCAAGGCGGAUGGGGAGGUGUUCUGCAUAGGAUACCAAGAUGGCGCACUGUGUCCUGCAUCGCUGCGGUGGCGUUCAUUGUAGCUGCUGUUUACUGGAAAAGAACUCGCUAAGAAGUCAUGACCAGUCGUGCCGGAUGUGCAGUCUCACAAAUGUGGAAACUUGUAUCAAAAGCAAUACAAUGUGUAAUUGUUGCAAGUAAACUUACUCAUCUCGGGUCAGAUGGAACAAUCAUGCGGCAUAUAUCUUUUCUAUUUAAAUUAACCUUUAAAGACUUAAAGUUGUGUAACUGGUAAAGGAGACCGGCACAACGAUAGAUACCGUUGCCCUUAAUUCGGUUUUGUUUUUCUAUUAAGGUGUUCAAUGCAAUCGGGUGAAGGAGAAAUUUUCACCUCGAUUUAUUUAUUGACAGGGAUGUGUUUCUUUACUCAAAUAUUUUAAAGACACUGCACUUUUCUCCAUCAGUGCCUUUUUACUAUAAGGUGUUUUUAUAAAAAAAAAAAAAAAAAAAAAAAAAAAUCUUGAUCAUGUAUCAACUUUUUAAUGUGCCACUAAAGUUACCAGCUUUACCUCCAAUCAGCUAAAUAUCUGAAAUCAAAUGUUUACUGUCAAGUUUUUAAAUUGUCAUGGGGCAUUAAAAGUAGUCAAAUAUUAGACCUGCUUAAAGAAAGGUAAACCUAAACAAGGGUUUAAAAUGCAGUUGAAUAAAUGGCUGAAAGGGAUCACCGUAAUAAAUAUGAACAAUUCUUGCAUACCUCGAAUUAAAAAUGAUGAAUUACAAUGUUAUUAUAUACCUUUUUAUUUUAUUUGUCUAAAUUUCUGUGACUAUGUUUCUGGUUGGAAAUGCAUUCAUUUCUUUUUUUGUUUUGAAAAUCAAGCAAAAAAAAAAACAGCCAACCUUCCAAUACUGUUUGGUCAUUUUUGACCGAAAUCACCUUUUCUGAUGUAAUAAAAAUGGUUUCCUUUA